AUGUUAUCCACCGCUCCCCUCAAUGUGGGACGCCGACGCGUGUUUGGCUCCGUUUUCUCCCCCGCGUCGCUCGAAGCUCGGCCGCCCUUCGCAUCCAGCUUCAAUCACGACCAAACCCCGUUCGCCUCGUUUCAAUCAAAUGGCUCCUCCUCGACUGUAGAGACCGGAUCUCAGGCGACUGCGCUCUCCCCCGGUCAACAAGAACCACCCGCGGACGGAGAAGGGUGGGAUCGAGCGUGGUCUGCGGCAACCGCCUUUUUGUCUGUCCCCAAUCGCGGAUUUGCGCCAAUCUAUGAAUCCAGAGAAACCGAUGGAAGUGAAAUUUUGAAGGAUUGGAACAGACUCAGUCCUCCAUCGAAAGAGACUGGCGAGGCACUUGCGUAUUUGACAGCUGCGGCUCAGAACACGAGGCCAUCACCUGGUGCAACGGAACCGACGGAUCUGUUUAGCUGGUAUGGAGAUGAAAUCCGGAGACACUUCCUAAUGAACCUUCGCGGUGGGCUGUACGAGCUAUUGCGAACCUCCGAGAAUGGAAGUCUUUUACGAACGAUUGUCGACUGCUUACAGCUCGCCCGUCGAAUUUAUUUAGCGCCUAUCGUACACUGGCUACUACCGUUACUACCGACAGCCGACCAAGGGCGAGUGUUGACUCAGUUGCAACGAGGCUUUCACACGGUUGUCUCAUACUCUCUUCCGUGGUCGGAGAUCUCGAAAAUUCUAGCUGAAGAACUUGCACAAGAAUCUCUGGUUAUCUUGGGGAUUGACACCUUAUUCGAAGAAUCAAACUCGGAUGAAAGCAGUCAAGAUGGCAUGGACGUGGAUCGGCAGUACUCCGUCUCGUACGAGGAAUGGAAGCAGGAGACCACAGAAGCUCAAGCACACAUGAUGACGGAGGGCGAGCAAGAAAAUGUCACAAUGGCCCGAGAUCGUCUUCUGGCUUUUCUGAAUGGCUUGCAGCUCGUCGGGCUUGGUGGUGAUAAGGCCCAGAAGGUGUUUGCCGGCGUGAUGAACAUUAUGAUGACUGAGUUUGUCCGCGCAGCGUACACUGGAAAGUGGGAAACGCCAACCACAGCUACUCAACACCUGCGGCACUGGAUUGAAAACGUCUUUGCGCGACUCGCCGUACAGGUUCUGGCUAUCAUUCAUACACCGUCCCUAGGAAACCAAGCAUCCGGUGCUCUGGAUGUGAGCUUUGGAGAUGUGGAAAAAUGGCAAGAAAUGGGUAUUGCUCGUCUGGGAGCUCUGCGGACCAGUGAGCUCUUCGACGUCAUUGUCGAGUGGCCUGCGAGCAGUGGCGCUGUUGAGGAUCUCCGGCACUUUACGACCCAUCCGGCGGCACGAGCCUAUGUCACGCAGUCAUUCAUUGCAAUUCUCAAUCAGCGGCUACUGCACCCUGGUGCCUCAACUGUUGAGAUCUUGCAGUUGUAUAUUUCAAUUAUCCGGGCCUUCCACCUUUUGGAUCCCAAGGGGGUCCUUUUGGAUCGCAUUGCUCGACCGAUUCGGCGAUAUCUGAGAGACCGCGAUGACACCGUGAAGGUGAUCGUCAGCGGUUUGCUUGCUGAGCCACACGCUGCGGAUAAACAGGCCCUGCCUUCUAGUGGUGAUACCUUGGUAGAACUAUCGACGGAGUUGGCCAAGGCACACCAACUCUCUUUGCAGAGCAAUACCAGCGAGCUGGACUGGGACGAUAUGAACUGGGUGCCAGACCCGGUCGACGCCGCACCCGACUAUCGAAAGUCGAAGAGCUCCGACGUCAUCGACAGUCUUAUCAGCCUGUUCGAGUCCAAAGAAACCUUCGUUAAAGAACUGCAGGCCCUCCUUGGCGACCGUCUCUUGCAAAAGCGCGAAGAUUUCGACCAGGAAAUGUCGGUUCUGGAGCUUCUCAAGGUCCGAUUCGGCGAUUCGGCCUUGCAAGCAUGCGAAGUCAUGCUCAAGGAUAUUUCCGACUCCCGACGCGUCGAUUCCAGCGUCCGCAAAGACCAAGGCCUAUCCAAGCCGCCGGCACGCAUGCACUCCAAACGCCCAGCCCAAGUCCAAAUCCCCCAGCUACACGCAAAGAUCCUCUCUCGCUUCUUCUGGCCAGAAAUCCAAGACCAAGAAUUCAAGGUCCCGGACGAGAUCGCAUACCUACAACACCGCUAUUCCACAGGCUUCGAGAGUCUCAAAAGUUCACGCAAACUUACCUGGCGCAAUGGCCUCGGCCAAGUAACCGUCGAACUGGAGCUAGGCGACCGCUCCUUCAUAGACGAAGUCUCAACCUGGCAAGCCACGGUCAUCUACGCUUUCCAGUCUGACCAGGAUGAUGCCACAAAGACAAUCUCAGACCUGGCAUCCGAACUCAACAUGGCCGCUGUCCUCGUCCGCAGUGCCUGUCUCUUCUGGGUCAGCAAGCGUAUCCUCACCGAAGUACACCGUGACACCUUCCGCGUACUCGAGUAUCUCCCAACAGAAGACGAACAACAAGGUGGAGCCGAAGCCGGUUCAGGCGUCGAAGGACCCGGCAGUCCAUCCGCGGAUACAGCCAAUGCCGCCGCCGCUGCCGAAGCAGCAGCAGCAGAGGCCGCGAAGGAAACCGCCGAGGCGGCAGCCAUGGAGAAGAUGAAUCUAUACUGGCAGUUUAUCGUGGGCAUGCUCACCAACCAGGGCGCCAUGCCUCUGCAGCGCAUUGUCAUGAUGUUGAAGAUUGUUGUUCCUGGUGGGUUUCCGUUUAGCAACGAGGAGCUGCGCGAGUUCUUGGCUGGGAUGGUGUCGAAGAGGAAGCUGGAGAUUGUGAGUGGGGGCAAUUAUAAGCUUGUGCAUUAG